AUGAACAGAACCUCGGGACAUUCAGGUGAACCAGGAGAUAUUGGGUAUAAUGGGUUUCUCGUCUCCUUGUUCUAUCUAGCCCGCAUAGACAUCGAGUGCAUCACCGAUGCCAACCUCACUGUCAUCUUCAAAAACUUGGUGAAGAAAAAUGCUGUCACACGAGAGAAAAGGCUAGCAGACUUGUUGAAUUUGGUACAGAACGACAAAAUCGAUUUCAGAGAUGACACUUUCAUCAUGGUGUGGCUCCAGUUGUACCCUCGAGUUGCAUUGGAUAGCUCCAAAACUGUAAGACAAACUGCCCACCAGAUCCAGGCGACAUUAUUGGAGAAAGUGGGUGGCAGAGAGUUUAGCAAGUACUUAAAGUCGUCUAUUCCAGUGAUGCUCCAGUCCUUGUAUGACGACAAGUCCAUAGCGAAUGGCACACAUGCGACGUUGAUGCAGAGUUUCAACAACGACUCAGACAGAGUGAAUGUCAAGUUGUGGGAAGUCUUCCACGAGCAAAUCACAAACUACUGCCGUGCAGUGAUAGUCAACGAAACUGCUUCGUCCAUUACUGACGAGAGGUACGAAACUCAAGACGAUGUUUUGCUUAAGUACGAUCGAGCAGUCAAUGGAGCCAUUCAGAUGCUUGUGAAACUCAUUAACAUGGCCAACAAGGGCCAAUUUUUCCUUUCUGAAAGAGCCAUGAGUGAUUUCGAUGAGAUUUUAGCCCAUGAGGCUUUCUGGGAUGCGUUGCUGUCAUGCACAAGUGGCUCUUCAAUCAAUGUGCAAUUGACAAAGUCUUACAUGCAAUUACUCAAGGCUGUAUUUGCACUUGAUGAUUCCAACAACCUUUUACCAUUUACGGAACAUUUAAGUGAUAUUAGAAGCUUGUAUAAAGCUGUGUCUAAGAAGUUCAUUAAGUGUGUCAAGUUUCUGGUCCCCCAUCCUGAAUCUCCAAACUCCACCAUAAUAUACCUGAGCACUAUUCUACAAUUUUGGGAUACCCUCAGUGUACUCACGCUGUUCACUAACUUAGAUGCAGCAACCCAGAAAGCUUUGAAGAUCAAGAAAAAUUUUUGGCAAAUUGGAGGUUCCAAAAGUUACUCUCGUCUUCGUGAUUAUUUGAAGCUUGGAUCCUGUCUGUCAGAUCCAGUUUACUAUCUUAUAGUGAAGUCAUUUUUCAUUGGGUUGAAGGCACAAAGAAUAGCUAGCGAUGAUGAUUUCUCCUUUUUGAGCUUUUCAAGCUCUAAGGACGCCAAAUCAAUUAUUGAGAAGAUCUUUCUCCCCAAGUUUACUCAGAUUCGUGGAUUGAACUCAGCUUUGUACAAAAAGAAUGCCGCUGAUUGCAUCUGUUCAGUUCUAGAACUCUUUGACAUCAAACAGUCUUCCUACGAGCCACUACUCAAGCAGAUCUUGGUAGUUCUACUUGAUGGAUUUGCUGUUACUGUUCGUGCAAAUGAGCAGAGAGUUCAAGAUGAGUCCAUUAAUCAACUUGCAAAAUUUGCUUCAACUCAAGAGCUAGGUCAGGAGGUUUAUGUGACUAAUUUUGUUGAACUGGUUGGAAUCAGACCAUUCACUGUUGAUUCGUAUGUUUUUAAUUGCUCAAUAGGCAAUAUCUUCUCUACAUUUGCAAAGUUUGUCUCUCUGCUUCCUGAGAAUCUCUCAGAUACUUUGUUGAGUGAGCUCUUGGAUCGCCUACAAGAAUUGUACGAGCCGGACGAAGUUACUGAUGCCUUUACCGCUUUGGUCGCUGCACUUAAGAUUGUACCAGCAUCCUGUGCCUUGUUGGAUUUUGCUCCUACGUUACCGGGCUUCGUUUCACCCGAUUUUACUGAUUUGCCUCUUCAGGUGCUUGAGUUGUUGGUAAGUAAGAAGACCGAACUCAAUCUUUCGGAAUUGGUUGAGGAUUUCUUCACGAAAUUGUCUACAGAUGCUCCUUCUCGCUUGAAAGAUCUCUUUGUCAUUCUCAACCGUCAUAAUGCCCUUGAUGUUAAGAGUCUCGAAACUUCCAACCCUGGAAUUCACCAGUAUCUCGUUUCUCUUUCUAAGAAGAACGACCGCUCGAAAGAAGAGGAUGAGAUUGUUUUUGUUUACUUAAACAGUUCGGAAAUGGUAUCCAAUGUUCUUAGUUCAUCACUCACUGACGAAACGUCUCAAAAGAGGUUGAUCGAGAAACUUGCUGACAGCCAGCUACCAGUGGAACCCUCUUCCGAGUUGGAGACACUCAUUUCAACAUCCCUCAAGAACAUCAGCUCCAAACUGAGCCAGCAGUUUUUAUCUUUAAUUAAGGAUAAAGACUUGGUUGCAGGGUCGAUCUUUAAGUUCGUAAUCCGGAGCACGCACACUAGUGAUUUUGAAGCACUUUCCAAGUUUCUUUACUCAAAUGCUGACUUGUUUCCAAGUCUGGAGAUUUCUACGGAGUUGCAGACUUCUCUCGCCUCGAUGGAUCUUUCCAUGGUAUCUCUUGCCAACCCUUUAGUACAGAAUAUUCACUUGGUUGAAUUUCCUUCACCUUCUGAAUGUGAAGCUAAUGAGAAUGUUUUAUCUAUUGGAAAGUUUUUGCUCGAUUAUAAGGGAGUCGCAGCUGAUGUGAGUUCCGAAAUUUUAAUUUCCUUGGGACUCUGUGGUCAGUAUUGUCAGGAUUACUCCUUUGUUCUUGAUGUUGACAAAUCGAAGAGCACAAUUUUGAAUUUGGAGCAUCAGUUAACAUCCACUUUUUCUGAGCACCAUCCAACCACCAACAUCAUCACUUCAUUAAUUAAUGGCUCAUUAGACGAGGGGGCUGGUCUGAUUUAUGUAUUGUUGCAAGCUAAUGUUGCUGGCAAGGGACCAUAUACCCCAUUCCAAUUCUACAAUGCUAGAUUGCUCGUCUUGCUCUUCACAAAGGUCUUCGAGUCGAUGUCAUUAGGCGAGUUUGAGAAUCUUGAAAUUCAAUAUACUCGAUUGGUCAACACUCCAUUAAUAUUGGCAAUUUUCUUAUGCUCUGCAGUCAAGUUCAUUGGGGUGUCCAAGAAGUUGGACAGAAUCCGCAAUUACGUUUUCGGUGAAGUAUUGGGAGUCAAGCUGCACCAGAUUAUGGAGUCGGGAACAACGUGGAUUACAUUGGCUACCAACUUUGUUAGAGUCGAUCCAGAAAGUGUGUCUGGCUACGAGGUUUUACCGAUUCACAAGUGGGGUAUGUUCAUGAAUAGCAUUAACUCCUGGUUGGAGUCUGACAUUGCCUAUGAUAAUGAGUUCCUUCCUAUGAGAUGUUUGCUUGCUGUGUUUUUCUCGUACUUGGUUCCUGUAGUUGCAUCAAACUUGCCAGACAAAGCAUGGGAAGUGGCAGUUGACUUGUGUCUCAACAACCUCAGCACGGCACAAGUGGAGUCACAAGACUUAGAGCUCAAAUAUUUUUCCAUGAAACUCUUCAUUGUGUUAUGCAAGCAUGUCAAUGAGGAUGUUUUCGUUCUGUGGAAUGAAUCCAAGGCUUCAAUUGUGGAAGAGUUGGUGGAUUUGAUGAUCAACAAGGAAAUUGAGAUCCACAAUAUGCGCUUGAACAACCAGCCUGUUCUCUUGUCUAACGAGUUGCUUGAAAGAAUCUUGAUCAAGACCACAUUACCGAAAUCCUUUGUCGGUCAUAAGGUGGACAAAUUCUACGACUUGUUGUCUACUUCCAAAUUCUUAAAUUUGCAGAGAGUUGCCACAUCAUACUUGAACAAGUACAUCGUUGAGUCUCAGCAAGACUUUGUUAUCGAAUACCUGUUGCAAAAAACGAAGUUGGGUGACAGUGAUGACAAUCUUGUCCAAAGCAUCAAUUUGCCUCUUUUAUUGCUUAGCAACAUACAUGAUGGUGUCAAGUUCGAGACUGCGCUUGAGGAAGAAGAUUUUUCGACAGCUGCCAGGUAUUUAUGGAGUUGGGUCCUCAUUUUUGACCACUUUAAGGACACUACAUACUCCAUCAAAGCCGAGUAUAUCAACCAACUCAAAGCUGAAGGAGCUAUCGACACUCUUUUGCACGUUAUUUUCAAUUCUGUCGAUGUUUCUGACACUAACUUCCUCAAGAAGUUGGUGGUUACCCCGCUUGCAAAGCUGGCUAAGGCCACACCCGAUAACUGUCUCAUCCAAGAAAUUCUGGUGAAAGAUGGAUGCAUUGGAGAAACUACCAGCUUCGAAAUGCGCUUUUUACUCGUUCAUCUUUAUUAUCUUUCUUUCCAGUAUUUGGGGUCGUUUGUUCAGCAAUGGUUCAAUGAGAUCCGUGAUUUGCAAUUGAAAAACCAAGUCGAAAAGUUUUCAUUGAGAUACGUUUCGCCAAUUCUCAUUUCCAAAAUGUUGGAGGAAGUCGACAACCAGAAGAAGAAAUUGGUUGAACGAGAUGAGAAUCUCACCAUAAAGGUUAACCGUGUCAUUAACGAAAUUAAAUCCGUGUAUGUUAUUGAUGAACAAACUAUGGAAAUGGUGGUUAAGAUCCCUGAAACCUUCCCUCUUUCUAAUGUUAGUGUUGAGGGACCUGUGAGAUUGGGAGUGAAAGAGAACCAAUGGAAGGCUUGGCUCUUGGCUUCCCAGAGGGUGAUUUCCUUGACAAAUGGUUCCAUUUUCGACUGUGUUGAGCUUUUCAACAAGAACGUUAAUCUCCACUUCUCUGGAUUUGAGGAAUGUGCAAUUUGUUACUCCAUUUUGCACCAGGAUCAUUCUCUACCUUCUAAGGUUUGUCCUACAUGUCUGAAUAAGUUCCAUGCGGCAUGUCUUUAUAAAUGGUUCAAGAGUUCUGGAAGCAGUACCUGUCCAUUGUGUCGUUGUGCAUUCAAUUUCAAGACCUCAAGAGCUUAG